AUGCCCCACCCGGUCUCGGCCAGUACCUCGGCCAGCACCUCGGCCGAGCCUGCUGCUGUCGUCGCCGGGCCCAUUCGCGAGCUCGACACUGCCGCCCUCGCCCUCAAGGCCCUGGUGGAGAACAUUGUGGCGGCGCUCGACGCCGAGCAUGCUGCAGCAGCAGCUGCCGCCGUCGCCGCCGCGGCGUCGGCGUCGGCGUCGGCCACCUCGGGCUCUGAUGCUCAGGCCGGCGUCUCGGACGCCAUGCUCGGUCGUGCCCACUUUACCGCCGCCCACGUCCUCGAGCCGCUCACCAGCGGCCUGGAAAAGGCCGCGGCCCUGUCGGACAACCACCUGCUGCGUUGCCUCGAGGUUCUCUCGGUUUUUACGGGUUCAGCCUGGUUCUCGUCGAUUGUCCUCGACUCACAGAACGCCAUCGUCGACACUGUCCGCGCGCUCUUCUCUCACUCGCGCGCCACCGCCCGCAAGCUUGCCAUUGGCUGCUACGUCGCCGUCGCCCACUUUGCCCGCUCCGAGGGCGAGGACGAGCUUGUGGCAGAGCUUGUGGCAGACAUUGUCUCGUGGCUCGAGACCCACGCCGCCGAGUGGCGCCAGGACGCCGCAAGCCCGGCCGCCAACGCCACCCUUCGCACCUACGUCCUCGCCCUCUCUAGCCUCGUCGCCGCCGUCCCAUCGGCCUUUACCCCGCACCUGGCCACCGUCCUCGACACCCUUACGCUUGUCAUUGCAGACCCGGCCGACCGUGAGCACGUCUCCGACUCGGUUGUUGAGCUCUCCGAGGCCGUCCUCCUUGCCCUUCGCGCCGUUGUCCUCGCCCUCUCCACCUCGCUCCCGCCGCGACUGCUGGACGCCAUCAAGGGCCUGGCCACUUCUGCCGUCACCUUUGAUCCCAAUUUUCAAGGCUCCAGCCCGGCCACCGAUGCCGCCGGCCCGGCCGACGAGUCGAUGGCCGUUUCUGAGGGCAGCGACAACGACGAUGACGACGACCUGCUCUUCGACUCGGAGUUUGAGGACUCGGACGAGGGAUUCACCGACGAUGACGAGGACAUUUCCUGGAAAGUCCGUCGUGCCGGUUGGCAGCUCCUCACCGCCAUCAUCUCGUCGACGCCCGGCGUUGUUGCUACGCUCUUCGAGACCUCGCUUUCGCUCUUUGUGGCUCGCUUUGACGAGCGCGAGCCGACGGUCCAGACUCAUGCCUUUGAGACCUUUGUGGCGCUGCUGGAGCAGACCUACGCCUUUGCCGACGUCAACGACCACGCACUGGCGAUUCUCCGCGAUUCUCUGCCGUCAGUCGUUGCCUCUCUCGCCCGCGUCGCCGACGCCCGCGUUGAGUCGUCGCGGGUCGGCGCCAUCAACGUCUUCCUCGCUCUCCUCAAGCUUGUUGGCGUCGCCGGUCUUGCCCCGGACUACCCACAGUGGCACCGAGUCUUCCGCGCUGGUCUCGCCGCCUCACGCAAGUACACGGACGACGUCCGCAUCGCUACGCUCGCUGGCAUUCGCGCCUUCUUCACCGCGCUCCCAUCGUCGCUUGCCCAGCUCGGCUCGCUGCCCGCUGUUCAGGUUGUCACUGAGCUUGUGCCCGACGUCGUCGCCCUUGCCACGCUCGACUGCGACUACCGCCUCACCGUCGCCGCCCUUCAUGGCCUCGCUUCGCUCUUCCCGCACCUGGAGGGCUGCAUGACCCGCGACGAGAUUGCGGGCGAGGCCUUUACCACCCUGGUGAGCCCAGUCUUUGCCGCCCUCGAUGCCCUACUCUCGGCCGCCAACGUCUACACCGACGUCCGCAAGGUUGUCCUCUCUGCCUUUGCUGAGCUGGUGGUGAGCGCGUGUGCUGUGGCGGUUCCACCCCGUCUCGUCACCGCUAUGGACCCGCUCUUUGUCGCCUUUGCCGCCAAGCUCGACUCGGACGUCAUCCGCUCGGCCUCGGUUGCCGCGCUCUGCCGCAUGUGUGAGGCUGCUGUCCCCCCGCCGUCGCUUGUUGCCCACCUUCCAACUGUCCUCGCCAAGCUCUGCGACUUCCUCGUCCUCGCCUCGCGCCCGCUCAAGCAGCAUGCACUCCUCGCCAUCCGCCUUGUGGUCACGUCGUACGCGUCGGCGCUCGAGACCGCCGCCCUCUCGGCAGACACCCAGACCCUUGUCGCCACCAUUCUCAAACGCAUUGGUGCCUCGCUCCUUUCGCCGCGGGAUGUGCUCCUCGCCACAACCGCCAUCGAGACCGCGCUUGCGCUUGCGCCAUUUGUGGGCCCGGCCAGCUUUCGGCGCACCACCGAGGCCGACGUCCUCAAGCUGGCCACAGCGCCGACCACUACUGGCGCUGUCGACGAGUGCGGCGAUGCCAUCCUUGCCUACUACUCGUUUCUAGUCUCGUCCGGCGCCAUGAGCCUCGACGACCUCACAGCCGCCCUCAUUGGCCUCGCCACAACGCUCACUUGCCUUGAUGAUCUCCCGCGAUCGGCCUUUGUCAUUUUUGGGCGCAUCCUCGGCCGCGCCGCAUCUUCCAACCCAGACGUUAGCGCCACCGCCGCUGCCACCGCCCACCUCGCGGUUGUCCGCCAGUACGGGCUCUGCAUCCAGGCGGCCACCGCCGCCAAGGCCAAGCUCGCUGCCAAGCGUGCCAAGCUCGCCGCCAAGGUUGAGGCAUCAGAGGGCGCCGUGGCGGCAGAGGCCGAGGCUUCGUCAUCGUCGCGUUCCGGCAGUGGCGCAAGCGCUUCGGCAUCGGCCAACGCCGCCGCCCACCGGGCGACGCUCAAGAAGACGGAGGACCAGCUGGCAGCAGUGCUGGCCGAGAUCGACGCACUGCGCGAGGCCGAGCCGGCUGACAUUGGCGGUGCCCUCGUUGCCACCUAUGCGCUGGGCGAGCUCGCUGCCCGAGAUGACUUGACUUCUGUCGAGGGCCUCUUUGACGCGGUUGUCGUCCUCCUCAGCUCGCUCGACGACCAGAUCCGGUCGGCCGGCGCGUUUGCGCUCGGCCGCGCCCUGCUCGGCGCGCCGUCAACGUUCCUCCCGCAGGUGCUCGACGUUCUGGCCUCGGCCAACGCGUCGUCACUGUACUUUAUUGUGCAGGCAUUUGACCACAUGUUCACCGCAGCGCAGGCGUCGGGCGUGGCGCUCGUCAGCAUGUCCGACCUGCAGCCUGCACUCGAAACAAUGCAGACCGGACUCUUUGCUGCUGCUGCCGAGCUACCUGCAGGCGACGGGACCCGCAACCUCAUCGCGCGCGUCCUUGGUCUCCUUGCUCGCGGAGCGCUUGAUUGCCAGCUGGGGAUCCUUGCCGGCAAGCUGCAGCACGUCGAUGAGGCACCAAGCGAGGCCGAGACCGCGCUGGUGGCGCUGCGGACCGCGCUUGCGCCACCGCUGGUGGUGGCCACUGCGCUCGCCUGCGUCGACCGCAUCCUUCCGCUCCUUCUUCCGCUCCUCGGCCACACGGAGCUCGACGUCCGAGCCGCAGCAGUCGGAACUGUCGCCUUUGUGGCAAAGUUCUACGCCCGCGCGCUCGCGGCGCCCGCCGCACCCGACGCCGGCCUCGACCACGCCCUCCCGCUCCUCUACGCUCUGGUCGAGCCGAACCCAGAUCUUGUGGAGACCGUUAACCGCGGGCCGUUCAAGCAGAAAAUCGACCACGGCGCAAGCGUCCGCGCCGCCGCCCUCGACUGCAUGGCCAUCAUCCUCUCCAAGCUCCCUGACCGGCUCGACAUGGCCGAGUUUGUGCGGACCGUGGUGAGCGUCGGCAUGGCCGACACCCAGCACCCGGUCAAGCUCCUUGCCCACCGCACACUCGUCCACAUGGUCGCGCUUCUUCCCAUCCCGCUCGCGCAGUGGACCGAGGCCAUCAUCGACGCGCUCCGCAAGUCGCUCGACGCCCGGCCGAAAGUCACCCACCAGCUUGCCAUCCAGCAGCACACCGAGCUUGUCGAGAGCGCGCUCAAGGUGGUCGCCGCCAUCUCGGCCUCGCCGCACCUUGCAUCGCCGCGGUGGAACGCGUGGGUCGCCUCCGAAGUCACCACCGGCCAACAUGCAGACACGUAUGCCCGGUUGGUUGCUGCGUCGGCCAAGGACGCCGCUCGCUCAUGAUGAACCUGCCGCCG